AUGGACUGUGGGUUCUCGCUUGUCUAUUCUGUUUGGGCAUUUCCGUUCUCUUGCCCUCCAGAGUCCCUGUCGGGGGCGAACCCUAAGCCGCCGCCACAACACGGUCAUAUGGAUGGCAGCGUCAGCGUCGGGACAGUGCCUGUUUUGUGCCUGGUCCAGUCAGCCUUGAUCAAGCCCGUCCCAAAAUUACAAAUUCCCGAUGAAGCCAUCGUGUCUAUGUAUAACCGCCGCGCUCUGCGCGCUUCUACAGUAGUAUCAAACCCUCUUGACCGGUUCUUGGCCCUGCCACCUCCCGGUCGAUCGUUGUCAUGCCCACCAUCGCGUAGACAUGGCAAGUCCGCUCCGAUCGGCAGGACAAGUCGUGCAACGGGAUGGAGCACAGCGGCCACGUUGGUGAGCGACGAGCGGUCAUCCAAGACUCCAGUGGCCGAAUCGAAUCACCUCCUCUCCUCCAGUCUGGGCAGAGCAGAUCAUGAUCUACCCGGCAGCGCAGCGCAGACAAAUCCACCCCUUUCCACCGUGCUUGGCAACCAGCGUCUAAUAGUUCCAACCGCCAAGCAGGCUGGGCAUUGCCCGACUUUCAGAAUGCGCCCCGUGCGACCUUGGGCAGCGGACUGA